CUAAAUAGCGCUAAAACACUUCCCCUCCCGUCGCGCACCGACGUCAACGGGGACGUGUCACCGGCGGCGGUGAGAAGACCCCAGAACCUUCCAGAUUUUUCUUCCCUCCCUCCGGCCGGAAUGGAUCUCUGGACGAGGGCGCGGGCGUUCGCCGGCGAGGCGGCGAAGCGGUCGCAGGAGCUGUCCGCGGAGGCGGCCAAGCGCUCCUCGGCGCUGGUCUCGGAGACGGCGAAGAAGUCCAAGGAGAUCUUCUCCGAGACCGCCUCCAAGUCGCUGGAGAUCGCCGCGGAGGCCACCAAGCAGGCCGACCUCCUCGCCGGCCAGAUCAAGCACCUCGCCUCCGACCUCCCCGUGCCCUCGAUCCCGCCCAUCCCCGCGAUCCCGCCAAUCCCCUCCGGCACCGCGGCGGAGCCCGACGCCGCGGAGCUCGAGCGCUACGGGAUCACCGACGACCUCCGCGAGUUCGUCAAGGGCAUGACCAUAAGCACUUUCCGCGACUUCCCCCUGCAAGAUGAGCCGGAGAUGUCAGAUGUGCCCACAGUGUCGAAUGUGCGUCAGGAUCUGAACGAGUGGCAGGCCAAGCACGCCACACUAGUCCUCUCGGCGGUCAAGGAAAUAUCAAAGUUCAGAUAUGAGCUAUGUCCAAGAUACAUGAAAGAACGCAAAUUCUGGCGGGUAUAUUUUUUGCUAGUAAACAGCUACACAGCCCCCUUUGAGAAUAAAUAUUUUGAGGAGCUGAAAGUGAAAGCAGAGGAAGAGAAAAAGGAUUCCCAGAAGGAAGCAUCCCAGUCACAGGCCUCACAAGCUACAACUGCAGAACAGAAGGACACAACAGCCCCAAGCAAGACUUCUACGUCAACGAAUCCGGAACAUGAUCUGGAUGUAUUUCUGCUGGGGGAUCUGGGCAGUGACGAUGAGGGCCCUGAUGUUGGUGAUGACGGGCUAGAUGAUGACUUUGAUAAGAUUGAUGCUACCUCAGGAUUGGAAAGUGACGAUGAUGACAAAAACCCAGCAGCAGGAAAGGCAGAAGACGCGAAGUAGUUGCCGGAGAUAAGUUGGGUCGUACGCGAUGGUUUCACAAUUUGAGAGAUGAUGACGAUGAUAGCGAACUUUUAGAAUUCCAAAUGAUAUUGUACAUUAGUUGGUCGCACGCCAUCUGUUCAUUUGUUAUCUCCCAAUGAAGCAACGUCAUCUUAUUGCAACUUUCGAUUUUGACCAAACUCUAGAAAUCUGUACCUAUGGUGUGACUCUUCUUUUCUUGUCAAGGUGAUCUGCAUAGGUCGAUAUUCUUUGUA